AUGAUUGGGGAUAUCUCUGAGGCAGUGUACCCAUACCUUAAAGAAAAGCCUAAGCACGUCGACCUUAUUCUUUGCGUGCUUGAUAGUUUUCCAAGUCUUGUGUUUUGGCUGACCUUCUGUCACCAUGCGGGUCAGCACCCCGUGUUGCUGUGUGUGUUGUUUCUCUGGGUCGAGGGGUCUCUGGCCGACACACCUGCCAACUGCACCUACGAGGACCUGCUGGGGACCUGGGUGCUCCAGCUCUCUAAUGGAGGACACGAAAAGACGGUCAACUGCUCUAAUGAAGCCACGGGGGUGAAGAUGGUUACCGUGACCCUGGAGAAGCUCUCAGUGGCCCGGGACGACCUGGGCAACACCGGGUUCUUCACGCUCAUCUACAACCAGGGCUUCGAGGUGACCAUCAACAACUACAAGUGGUUCGGCUAUUUCAGGUACACCGAGCAGGGUGAGAAUGUGACCAGCUACUGCGACCAGACCCUGCCAGGCUGGGUCCACGAUGUCCUGGGUCACAACUGGGCCUGCUUCGUGGCCAAGAGAGUGGAGCCCAUACUGCCCCGCACAGAGGUCAACCCGCUGCAGCAGCACCGCCUAGCACGCAGGCUGCUCCAGACGCAACACAAGGUCAACACAGACUUCAUCCAGACCAUCAACUCUGCGCAGAGCUCCUGGACGGCUGCCUACUACCCGGAGCACGAGAAGUACUCUCGGAAGGACUGGUUCUACCGGGCUGGAGGCCCUGCCUCUCGUGUUCCCGCUCGGGUUGGGCCGGCCCGUUGGUCCGCCGCGGGGGCCAAGAUGGCGUCCGCUCUGCCUGAGCACUGGGACUGGCGAGACGUGGACGGUGUGAACUACCUCAGCCCUAUCCGUAACCAAGGGUCAUGUGGCAGCUGCUACUCCUUUGCCGCCAUGGGGAUGCUGGAGGCUCGCAUCAGAGUCCUCACCAACAACAGCCAGACCCCGAUCCUGAGCCCCCAGCAGGUGGUCUCCUGCUCCCCCUACUCUCAAGGUUGUGAGGGCGGUUUCCCGUACCUCAUGGGGAAGUACGUCCAGGACUUCGGCAUCGUGGAGGAGUCGUGCCUGCCCUACGUGGGCGACAGCACCCCGUGCCGGAUCCCCCGGUCCUGCGGCCGGCUUUACACAGCGGAGUACAGCUACGUGGGGGGGUUCUACGGAGGCUGCAGCGAGACAGCCAUGAUGCAGGAGCUGGUGAAGAACGGCCCCAUGGCCGUGUCCUUCGAGGUGUACCCCGACUUCCGCUACUACAAGGAGGGCAUCUACCACCACACGGGCCUGCUGGACGCCACGGGCCCCUUCGAGUUGACCAAUCACGCCGUGCUGCUGGUGGGCUAUGGCCGCUGCCCCAAGUGCGGCCAGAACUACUGGGUGGUGAAGAACAGCUGGGGCGCCGGCUGGGGCGAGAAGGGCUUCUUCCGCAUCCGCCGCGGCUCGGACGAGUGUGCCAUCGAGAGCCUCGCCGUGGGGGCCACGCCCAUCCCGUCGCUGUAGGGGGGGGAGGAGGAGGAGGAGGAAGACUAGCAAACAUGGAAACGUCUCAGAGCCGUCUCAAACCUUCUCAGGUGCAGCGAUCCUACGGUGUUAAGUUGUGUGCCAGGGAUGAGUCCCAGUCCCUUCACACAGCUGGGGAGAUGACCAUCCAUUUCCCUUCAGCCACUGCUGAAGUCUGCCUCAAGCAGAAUGCCACCCACUUUCACCAGGGUUCAAUAUGUUUUAGCUUUUAACCUUUUAUUUGUGUUCUUUGUAGAUAGUUCAUCAUUUUCGUGAACGAUGAACAUUUGUCUUGUCAAUCAAAUAUGUGGCAAGGUUGUUUUUCUACCUAGAAGAUGACUCAAAGUCUACGGUAGACCAUGGGGCAAGUAAUAUGUGUUGCAUGCAUAUACACACUACAGGACUAACAAGAAGAACUACAAACACCACGUGUGUUUGUAGUUCUGCAGGUUGUAGGUGGGAAAAAGGCCCUCUAUUAAAUACAAAUAUAUAGCAAUGAUGUAAACCUGUCCAACCUUUUUUCGUUUUUAUUGGCACAGUAAUAUUUGAUUUUAGUAUGGUUUUAAACCUAACACUAUCAAGCCGGUUUUGUUCUUCAGCAGCUCCAGCAAUAGUCCAGUGCCUCAAAAAGGGAUGCGUAGAGAUUUGAAGGAUCUCAAAUUUAGCAUAUGAAAGGGAUUGGAUUGAAAAUGAAAAGGUAUUUGUAUUGUGUUGUUAAAGGUAUUUUGAGACAUUGCAGUAUUUUUUUAUGGAAUGAAAGUCAUUCUUCCGCCGUUUUUACUCUACACCUCACUUGCCCAUAUUUUAUGAGAUACUUAACUUUCCUGAUCGUUUUUUCUUGUAUUGUACUGUUCAGCUGUGUGAUCCGCAGUUCUGGUCAAAUGCUAAUAAACCCUUACAUUACACAACAAAA